AUGACUAGCAAUAUUUUAGGGUUGUUAGAAGCUAUAAUUGAUCCCGAUAGAACCGCAACUUCUGAGUCAUGCUUAGCCGCCCAAGGUAAUAUUCGCAUAGAACAGAAUAAAAUACUAAAGGUUGGUAGAAAUGCAGAAGAGUGUAGCAUAGUUCUAACUCAUGCUUCAGUAUCAAGUGUGCACUGUACAAUUUGGGGUAUUCAGUUUGACGCGGAAAGCAUACCUAUGUGUUAUAUUAAAGAUUGUUCAUUAAACGGCACCUAUAUUAAUGGCCAAAGUUUAUUCAGGGGACAAUGUUAUAUACUACAGGAUGGAGAUAUAAUUAGUAUUCCAAAUGAUUGCGAAUUUAGGUUUUCUUCGGUUAUGUCCUCUUAUUCACCUCAAUUAUUUGAUCAGCUUGGGAUACAGAGGCGGGUUGGAGAAUGGGAAAUUACAUCACAGAUAGUAGGAAGUGGUACCUUUGGACAAGUUUUAGUUGCAGAACGCAAGAGCUUUGGAACUAAACAUAAACCUCUGAACUAUGCUGUUAAAGUUAUUAAGACGAAGAAAGAGAAACUUGCUAAGGAAGCUAAUAUCCUAGUGAAAUUGGACCACCCAAACAUUAUCAAGGUACAUCAAACAUACCUUGAUGAAAAUGAAAAUAUCUAUAUAUUCGAAGAUUUAAUAGCGGGAGGCGAUUUGUUCUCUUAUUUGGCAAAAAAGGAUUGUUUAGUACCAAUAUCAGAAACAGAGACUCUAGUUAUUGUUUACCAGGUUCUACAGGCCUUAAAAUUUUUACAUUCAAAGGGAAUUGUUCACAGAGAUUUAAAGUUAGACAAUAUUCUUCUGUCUUCGCCUGAACCAUGCAGUCGGAUUGUACUUGCGGAUUUUGGGAUUGCAAAAGAUCUAUCAGAAACUCGAUCGAGGAUGCAUACGGUAGUGGGAACCCCCGAAUACUGCGCACCAGAAGUAGGUUUUAAGGCUGAUAGACAUUCUUACAGAAACUUCUCAACAACUGCAUCUAUGGAACAAGGUUAUGAUUCCAAAUGUGAUCUAUGGUCCUUAGGAGUCAUGACGCAUGUUAUGUUGACAGGAAUCUCGCCAUUUUACGGUGACGGCACUGAAGCUUCUAUUAUUCAAAGUGUGAAGCUCGGAAAGCUAAAUUUUAGCGUUAAACAAUGGGUGAAUGUCAGUGAUGCAGCUAAAUCUUUUGUUCGACAGCUUCUGGAGGUCAAUGUUGAUAAAAGGAUGAACGUUCAAGAAUGUUUCAAACAUGUUUGGAUUGCAAAGCACUCCGGAAACCUAGAGAAGAUAUACUACAAGAAGAUUAUAGAUGAUUACACGCCUCUUAACACCAAGAUUAAUUUUGAUGAUUGGAAGCGUAAAUUUCCUAAAUCGGUUAUUUUGUCCCCGCCAAGAAUUCAGAAGAAAAAGUUAAAGCGGUAA